AUGUCCAACCUCGUCGUCAUCACGAACGCAACAAGUCAACAAGGCCGCUCCGUGAUCUCCGCCAUCCAAUCAGACCCGGUCCUUCGCAACCAGUACAUACUGCGCGGAACUUCACGCGAUCCGACGCAACCCGCCGCCAAGACCCUAUCAACACAAGGCGUGGAGAUGGUCCACGCAGAUGUCACAGAUACAGCCUCCCUCCGCGCAGCAUUCACCAAUGCACACGUCAUAUUCGCAUGCACAAUCACCACCUACAACGGGAACACCUACGAGCAUGAAGUGGUGCAGGGCAGAGCCCUCGUUGACGCGGCUGUGGACAUGAACGUCCCAUAUUACAUCUUCUCCACGUUGCCGAGUAUCCUGGCUGAGUCGAACGGCGCACUCACGAACGGGGUCCACUUCGAUGGAAAGGAAGAGGUAGAGAGGUAUAUUCGGACGUUGCCGAUUCGGAGCGCGUUCAUCGCGCCGGGUUGCUUCAUGUCGAAUUUUAGUCGGUCGUUGGCCCCGAGGAUGCGGGACGAUGGGACCUAUGCAUUGUCGUUGUUUGUCCGUCCAGAUACGCAGCUUCCGUUGCUUGAUACGGAGGGGGAUAUGGGGAAGUGGGUUGCUGCGGUGCUGGCGGAUUUCGAGAAAUAUGAAGGAAAGGUGAUCUGUGCUGCGACGAGGAUGUAUACGAUACUGGAGAUCGCGGAGACGAUUGGUAGGGUGGUAGGAAAGACGGUGGUUUAUAAUCAGAUGCCGAAGGAGGUGUGGGAGGAAUUUUUGCCUGAGGAGAUGGGUCCUCAUUUGAGUGAUAUGUUUCAGUUUAUUCAGGAUUAUGGAUAUUUCGGUAAUGGGACCCAGGAGAAGGUAGCUUGGGGGGCGCAGCAGGCGCGGGGAAAGUUGGUGACGUUUGAGGAGUAUUUGAGGGCGCAUCCGCUGAGUUUGUGA